AUGUAUCUGGGCAAUAUGCUAAGUAAUUCGCAUAGGUUCUCUCGGUGGGCUAAGGAAUACGGCGGUUUUUUUACACUGAAACGAUAUAACAACACCACCAUCGUCAUCAACGAUCAGAAGCUGCAACAUAUAUUCCCACCGACCGGCAUCACUGGUAUCACACUUGAUCACGCAGAUAUGGGGGACCGAUGGCGCAUGUUGCGUAAAACCAUCCACCAAUACUUCAUGGAGCCUCGGUGCGAGCGCGACCACUGGAAAGUUCAAGAGGCCGAGGCCAAACAGAUGCUGCAUGAUUAUUUGACCAUGCCGGAGGAUCACAUGCUGCAUCCCAAGCGGUACAGUAACAGUAUCACCAACUCGCUUGUAUUCGGUAUUCGCACAAAAACCGUCCACGAUGAGUACAUGAAGAAGCUCUUCUAUCUAAUGGACAAAUGGUCCUUGGUGCAGGAGCUGGGCGCUACCCCGCCUGUUGACUCGUUUGCUCUGCUGCGCUACGUGCCCCAGUGGCUGUUGGGAAACUGGCGGAAUCGGGCGAUCGAAGUGGGCGAUCUUAUGCAGUCCCUUUACAAGACCGUUCUAGAUCAGGUGAAGGAGCGCCGUCAACGUGGUGUCCAGCGAGACUCGUUUAUGGACCGGGUUCUAGAUACACUGAAGCAGACACCACUCUCCGAGAAUGAACUUCGAUUCCUAGGAGGAGUUCUGAUGGAAGGAGGCUCCGAUACCUCGUCCUCGCUUAUAUUGACCAUCAUUCAGGCCAUGACUAAGUAUCCGGAAGUGCAGGCAAAGGCCCAUGCAGAAAUUGACUCCAUUAUCGGCCAUGACCGGUCCCCGGCUUGGUCUGACUGGUCCAAGCUGCCGUAUAUCAACAUGAUUAUUAAAGAGUCCCACCGGUGGCGUCCCGUCAGUCCCUUGGGCGUUCCCCAUGCCGUCGCAGAAGAUGACCACAUUGAUGGGAAACUCAUCCCGCAAGGAUCAAGUAUCGUUCUCAAUGUCUGGGGCAUGCAUCACGACAGUGAGCGAUGGCAAGAACCCGAGCAUUUCCAACCCGAACGCUUCGCCGAUUUCCCAGCCUUAGCUUCGGCCUACGCCGCCUCCGAACGGCGAGAUCACCUUGGUUACGGGGCGGGCCGGCGGAUCUGCCCAGGCAUCCACUUGGCUGAACGCAACAACUUGAUUAUCGGCGUUGCCAAAUUGCUCUGGGCCUUUGAGUUCGUUGAGCCACCUGGUAGCGACAGUGACAUUUCAGCCCACUCCGGUGCUAGUAAAUGGUUUCUUCAUUGUCCCAAGGACUAUGGCUGCGCCAUCCGUCUCCGGGCACCGGAAAAGCGGGAGACCAUUAUGCGGGAAUUUGCCGAGGCACAAGAGGUUUUUGCUCAAUUUGAUUAG